UUAUAUCUUUCCCAGUUUGGCUACCUAGCACCUUCCAAAGGUAACUCCAGCCAUCUCAUGGACGAGAAAACGUACAGGAAAGCGAUCGAAGAUUUCCAAGCUUUCGCAGGUCUAGAAGUAACGGGGGAACUCGACAGUGAUACGCAGAAAACAAUGGUUUUGCCAAGAUGUGGUGUCAAAGACAAAGUAGGAACCGGAGACAAUAGAGCGAAAAGAUAUGCAUUACAAGGUAGCAGAUGGAAAGUGAAAGACCUCACUUACAAGAUAUCCAAAUAUCCCAGCAAACUGAAGCGCGCAGAGGUAGACAAAGAAAUUCAAAGGGCUUUCGAUGUUUGGACGGGAUAUACUGAUCUGACGUUCACCCCAAAAAGUGGACAGGUUCACAUCGAAAUCAGAUUUGAAUACGGUGAACACGGUGAUGGUGAUCCAUUCGAUGGACCUGGAGGUACCUUAGCUCACGCAUACUUUCCAGUUUUCGGAGGUGAUGCCCAUUUCGACGCAUCUGAAGCUUGGUCCAUAAACAGCUACAAGGGAACGAACUUAUUCCAAGUGGCAGCUCACGAAUUCGGACAUUCUCUCGGUCUGAGUCACUCCGACGUCAGACAGGCACUCAUGGCACCGUUCUACAGAGGCUAUGACCCAGUUUUCGACUUGGACACCGACGACAUCGAAGGUAUCCAGGCACUUUAUGGAAAGAAAACCAUGAAAACUGGACCAAGAUUUGGUGAUGAUGACGAUCAAGACGGUGGGUUCGACGGAAGCCACGACGUCCCAAGCAAAACUCCCAGUUCAGCAGAUCACAGUUUGUGCGAUGAUCCCAAAUUCGAUACAAUUUUCAAUUCAGCGGAAGGAUAUACCUACGUGUUCAAGGGUGAAAAAUACUGGAAACUCACCGAAAAUAGCGUAGCGCCUGGAUACCCAAAACUGAUUUCUGAUAAUUGGAUCGGGUUGCCGGGCAAUAUAGAUGCGUCUUUCACUUACAAGAAUGGAAAGACUUACUUCUUCAAAGGAUCCAAGUACUGGAGGUACAAGGGCAAGAGAGUUGAUGGUUUAUACCCAAAAGAGAUUUCCGAAGGCUUCACUGGAAUUCCUGAUGAUCUGGAUGCCUCUAUGGUAUGGAGCGGAAACGGAAAAAUAUACUUCUUCAAAGGCAGCAAAUUUUGGAGGUUUGAUCCCUCCCAAAGACCUCCCGUCAAGAGUACAUACCCCAAACCCAUUUCCAACUGGGAUGGUGUUCCAAAUAAUCUCAAUGCAGUUUUCCAGUGGACCAACGGUUAUACUUAUUUCUUCAAAGAUAAUGCGUACUAUAGGUUCAACGAUAGGGCCUUUGCCGUAGAUGCAACGACACCUGCUUUUCCAAGGUCGUCAGCCUAUUGGUGGUUCGGGUGUAAAGAAGCUCCUUCUGGAACGAUUGGAACGAGUAAGUCUUCAGGAUUGUUGAUUGAUGAAGAGAGCUCGCGGGAUAACCAAUUUGGAUCUGCCCAUAAUGACAGUGAUACAGAACACUACCGACGAUUCCCUAGGCAGUGAAGCCCAGCUGCAAACCAUUUUUAUAAGUGACCACCACGAAAUGUCAGAACAACCUCCUUCGGACUUUUCAAGGUCCAAUCAAGAUGGCGGCGGUAGUUCCGGCAGUCGAUCCGCCGCAUCAUCAUUCGCUUUAACAUCACUAGUGACAAUUGUGGCGACGUAUUUCACUAGUGCGUUAUAGAGAAUACGAAGUGAUAUUCUUUCGUUUCAUAAACGAAGCGCUUUGACUGAGACUCUUACUGAUGUGUGAUUUCUUUUAUUUAGUUUUAAGGGACGAUUUAUUGUAGCUGAAGAAUCUGUUGAAGCCAAAUAAUGAUCAUAAUUCAUUUCUUCGACCUCCGGAGGUUGAAAAAGUGAUUUUUGAUCAUGACAUUUUCUAAUUUAUUGUAAUAAAGGCCUCUGCUAGAAUAGUAUCAUGAAAUAUUUCUGAUUUUUUUCAUGUAAUUGAAAAGUAAAAAGAAAAAAGCAUAUUCACGGGUUGGGAAAAUGAAGAGUUUGAUCUGAAUUCUUAAAAACUAAAAAGUCACCAUUGUUACAUAAAAAUUCACUAUUAUUACCACUUUUGAAAACACUUUCCCAACACCAGAACGAAAAUUACGGUUUCUCGGUCUCUGCCUGUGAGUUUUGUUAGUUUCUCAAUCUCAGUUGGUGAAUAUGUUAGAUUAUCCAUCUAUAAAAACAAAUUCCUGAAGGAAUCGAUAUUGAAACUAUCAAGUGAAAUUUUGUUCAAUUUGAUGAAAAAAAAGAGUGGGAUUCUGAAUUAAAAUACGGAAUAUGAUGAAAUUCUACAAGAAUAUCCUAAUUCUCAAAUGAAAUUUGGAUUUCAAUGUUUCGAAAUAGUGAAAUAAUAAUAAAUUAUAAUCAAACUGAUUACUCUCCGUCCAAUUCAUUCAAAAUCACUUCUUCUUCUUCUCUUUUUUUAUGGUCUUUGCUUCCCUUCGGCGCAGUAGACCAGUUAGGUUAUGAGAAUCAUGCACUAGCGAAACCACUUUCAGAAAAUAGUAUAAUUCUGGUAAAUGUUAGAGGAAUGGAAUCAUAUGAUAAAAUUCAAAUCGUGGCAGCAAACAGCUCUAUAGGAAGUAUUCAAAUUUGAACGGAUCUCUCUUACUUUCAAUGUUAAUAGUAAUACGCCAUUAGACCACCAAAGAAAGCGCACAUUGUUUUUUGAAACUAUAUCUGCGAAUAUCUCUAGAUUCUCGUAAAAUGAUAAACAUUCUAUAGAAUCUUUGUUUGAGGACUCUUUGAACAUUCGAUCUGUGAUACUCGUUAGCAAUUGAGUAAUUUUAGAACUUCUGUACCCCUCUCAUGCAUUAUAUUCAUAAUAUUCAUUCAUUUUCAAUAUUACCCCACUUGCAAGAUUUCUGAAGUUUCUAAAAUUCUGUUUUGAAGAAUUUAUUAUAUUUUCUGAAUUAUCUGAAACCAAAUAAGGUGAGACAGACAAAGUAGGAGUCGUUUAAAUCAUAUCUGGUCUUAUAGAAUGGCCUAUUUGUAAUUAUUGAUUAUUUAUAGGUAUUGAUUAUUGAUAGGAAUGGAAAAAUCAUAUCUGGUCUUAUAGAAUGGCCUAUUUGUAAUUAUUGAUUAUUUAUAGGUAUUGAUUAUUGAUAGGAAUGGAAAAAUCCGUUGAAUGAAUGAAAAUUUUCAUGUAGAGAUUGUCGUCGAAAAUUAUGCGAUUUAUUUGAGUGACGUUUUUAAAUUAUUGUCAUUUUGAAUUAUUGUAAUGUAAUCAACAUAAGUGAAAUGCACAAUUGGAUUUGUAUGAAAUUAGGAUAUGACGUGAACAUAUUCUCAUUCGUAAUUGUCGUAUUUACACUGCUAUGAAAAUAAACCAAAAUAUAAAACCAUUAUAGAAAAAUUCAGCUGUUCCAUAUUCUGGUUAUAUUAUGCAUUGGUUUGUAAUUCAAUUGACGGAAUAUUCAAUGAUAGUCAUUACGUCCCAGCUAUGAACAAGUUAUGUAAAACAAUUGAACUUGAUAAGCAUUCACUUCAAGUAUGUAUCAUCUUGUUUCAGUUGUUACUUAUUUGGCAACAUUUUCACAAAUGAGUCGGAAAUUAUUAUCAUGGCCUAUUCUAAAUGGUAUCAAAUAUGAGCAUAUCACUGUAUAUUUAAAUUUGAUAUUACUAUUAUUGAAAAACCAAACGUAUUCACUCUAUUGAUUUGUUAUUAAAAUUUCCAACAAUAAAUUAUAUUUUCCAGUGA